ACGCUCCGAUAACUUAAAGGAAAAAAAAAGAUAUACUGUAUAUAUUCUCUUUAUUCAAGGGGAAGGUUUUCCCUUCCCCAGACAAGUCCCUCCGAGCUGGGGAGGGGUGUGUAUUGGUAGCGUCAGCUCGGCCUUCGACGGGGCGCCUUUUCCUGAGGGGAAAAGCAGGCGCGGCCUAGUAGGCCUCGGCCUGGCGUGCUCGGAGGGGGGCAGACGGAGCUCGACUGGGCCGGGCAGAGGGAAGCAGCCGGGGGAAGCCUGGGGUCCACAGCGAGCCGAACCGGAGGAGGAGGACGACAACAACGGGGGCAAGAUGGAAGUGAAAGACGGGAAUGCAGCUCUUCUCAGCAAUUAUGAGGUCUACCAGCUGCUGACCGAUCUUAAGCAGCAGCGGAGAGAGACGGGGAGAAGCAAGCAGACGGCUGGUCAGCAGAACCUGAACACCAUCAUGUACGAAACACUGAAAUACUUAUCUAAGACGCCGUGCCGGUUCCAAGACCCUGAGGUGGUCCAAGACUUCCUUGUCGCCUUGAAAAGCCACAAGCUUACAAAGGCAGAAAAAUUACAGCUGCUCAACCACAGGCCUGGGACUGCCGUCGAGAUCCAGCUGAUCGUGGAGGAGAGCGAGGAGAGGCUGACGGAAGAUCAGAUUGACUCCCUUCUCCAGACGGUGACCAGCAUCCUCCCAGGAGACCCCGAGCAAGAGAGGCAGGAAUCAGCCAUGGCUGUGGAGGAGGAAGGGGAGGCCUAGGAGUUAUAAAAGAAACAAACAAACAAAACAACGCACCCCAUCUCCGAGCCUCGACCCCAGCAGGAAUCUGCACCCGUGUUCCAUCUCGGAGAAAGUCAGCCCACCAUUUCAGUGGCCACAAGCAUCUAGGGACUUCCCGUCGUCUAAUACACAAUGACAUGAGAUUGUAUAAAGGGUUUCAUGUUUGAUUGUUUACACAACAUGAGAGCAGCGAGGAUGAACA